AUGGCGAGCGUGGGCCCCCCAAACAGCGGCGUUGUGAAUCCAAGGCAUCGAUUUCUGGCUCGGCGGCAUCCGUGGGUGGCUGCGGGAGGGCGAUCGGGGCGGAAUUGGCGGGGGCGGAAGGCCGGGGGACGAUGCUGCGGGCCGUCGAGGGCGGUGGGCUCCGGUCACGCGCACCCGUUCGACAGCGAGCCGCUCAUCAAGCGUUUUCCAAGCGUGGAGGGACUGCCGCUUUCCCUUUACACACCGUACGACGGGUUGCCUAUGGAUGGCGAGGUAGGUGGGCAUCCAGGGUUGUUGAUUGGCAGGAAUGGCACCUCCAAGGGGGAGGGGUGUUUUCAGCGCCCCUGGACGCUUUGUUGGUGUGCCCAACGAGGAGCGAGCCUGCCAAGCUCCCCUGAAACAUGUUUACAGGGCAUUGCCGUUGUUGUUCCUGUUGAUCAUGUAUCAUGA